CACUUACUGUAUAAUGGUUCAUGUUUGAUAUGAUUAGAAAAACAAGGAUUUAACUUAAAUAGAAAAGUUAUUUCAAUCAACUUAGAAAAUAUAGUUCUUCAUAUAUUACCAAUUCUGGGCAACAGGUGUUUGUAGGUCACUCAUUGAUGAAGUGGACAUUAAUCCUUUUCCUUGGUAGCUCCUUUGCUGUGACUACCUUGGGCUGGACAUAUCAUUACUCAAAAAAGACCAUGAACUGGACCCAGGCCCGACGUUGGUGCCAAACCGAUUACACAGACAUGGUGGUUAUCCAAAACCAGACAGAGAACGACUAUCUGGUCUCCCAGCUGCCAAACAGACCUAAGAGUCCAUAUUAUUGGAUUGGAAUCACUAAAAACCACAUGAACGAAAAUUGGACCUGGAUUGGGAAUAACAGCACGUGGGUUGGUGAGCAGUCAUGGGCGGAAAACGAGCCCAAUAACAACCACAGCACAGAGUUUUGUGUGGAGAUCUAUGUGAACACAGGACCAAACCGAGGAAAGUGGAAUGAUGAGAAAUGCGGCGUACUAAAAUACGCUGUUUGUUAUAAAGCCCAAUGUAAUGCAACAUCAUGUGGCAGAGGAAGAUGCCAGGAGAUGAUAGAAAACAUAACCUGCCUCUGUGAACCUGGCUUUAAGGGAGAUAGAUGCCAAACAGCUAUGGAAUGCCCCCCUCUGUCUCAGCCUGAUAACGGAUACCUUAGCUGCUCGGGAGGAAACCUGACAUUCAACUCAACCUGUCGAUUUGAAUGUCAACCAGGCUUCCUGAUAAUAGGCCCGCCAGAUGUUACCUGUAGUGUCACCGGGGUCUGGAGCGGCCCAAGACCUAUUUGUACAAGCUAUAAACAGGCUCUGUUGGCUGUCGUUGGGUGUGGAGCUCUCUCAGCCUUCUGCUGCAUUUGUUUUUGCUGGAUGAAACAUAGAAAAAAAAAGAAACUUGCCCAAGUAAGGCAGCCUGAAGAAGCGACAAGUCCAUCCACUGAGAUACAAGGAUGAAGGACAACUGAGACCUCAUUUAUGUCUUAUUAAAAUAUAUCUAUAAUGACCCAAAUGCAGUUACUCGUAUUAACUUUAGUACAUUGUUAAAGCCUCUGAACACCCACACAGGUGUUUUCAGUUAUUCUGGCUGAUUAGACUCUUUUUAGGUUGAAGGUGGGCCCGGAGCUUUGAUGGGAACUUAUUAGGUCACAAAUUCUUUCUACCAAUAAGGAUGACAAAGGUGUAAUUUGUCCCGCCCUAACAGGUGCAACAACACUAACAGUGGACUCAGGAAGAUGUCAAUCACUCAGUCUAACCACACCCACACAGUCCUGGAAAAGGUCCAAUCAGCCACAUUAACUAUAAACACCUGUGGGGGUGUUCAGGGCCUUUUUAAUAAACAAACGUAAACAGUCCCUGCCUGCACAGGCUGUGUGCCAGGAUAAUCAUGUGUGGGUCUGUGUGUGUGUUUCCAGAGAGGGUGGUAGAACGGUGCCCUUCCUGAAAGGAAGUUACAGCAAAAGUGAUAUGACACAAUUUGUCAUUGAGUAAUUCCAUG